AUGCCCUGCAACGAGCGAUCAACUCGCCUGCUGUCACACCACGAGCAGCACUGUUCGGUACUGGAUCCGAAUGCAAUCACACUCAAUAGAAGCACACUCAAUAGAGGCAAUCAUGAGGAUCACAUCAUGAAUCUUCGUUACGGCUUCACCAAAGAGCUAAUGACCAAGUACAAGAGUUUGCUGCAUCAGGAUCAUUCGACUACGAUCACAAAGACGCUCGAGGACUUAUUCUCGUGGUUGCCGAUCGCCACCAUCAUUGACAAAAACAUUUUCGUUGUCCAUGGUGGAAUCUCGGACAAAACAGAUGUGACCCACCUCGACAAAAUCCACAGAAAUAAG